AUAUGGAUGACAUCGAAUUACAAGAUUUUUUAAAUUUUUUAUCUUUAUCAUGUAAAAUAAAUAUUAAAGAAAGUUCCAACGAUAUUGAAAAUGUUGACGUUGAUUUGGAUAAAUUAAUUUCAAAUGCUCUGAUAAUAAAACUAUUUGAGCAAUAUAAGAAUUCUAAGCAUAGGAGUGAUCUAGAUUCGAAUUUUACUAGGACGAAAAAAAAUUUCAAGGCGAUUUCAAUUGGCAGAAGUAAGUCUUCAAAUAAUUCCCCAUUAAGUGAUCCAGUGUCGAGUAAAUCAAUAUCUAAUGUCGAAGUAAUCGAAGAAGAAAACCUGAGUGACAUCGUUCAAGUGCUUAAAACCAAAUUAUCUGAAUUACUGAAUGAAGGAAUAUUUGAUUCCAUAUUAUCCUACUUAAUUCCUAAUAAUGAUGUGGCUGUAUGUAACAAACCAAUUCAGAAUGUUACUGAAUCUAAAUCAACCACUGUUGUUAAAUCAAAAAAGAAAGAUAAGAGGAAAAAACCUGGCGAUGUGAAAUGCUCAACAAAAAAUGAAACUGAAGUUGAAAUUCAUGUGUAUGAUGAAGUGAAAGGAUUUAAAAAGGAUUUCAAAUGUGCGCAAAGUCUAUUGGUUUCAAACAUGGGAUAUUUUUCUGAAAUAACAAAAGGACAGAAACUCGAAGAAAUGGAUAUAUCAGUACAUUGCGACAUUACGAUAUUUGAAUGGUUAAUGAAAUGGAUUAAACGGGAUAUUAAUGCAAAUUCAGCAGAUUCUCCGAAGCUUGACAGUAAAAAUGUUAUUCCAAUCAUGGUAUCAGCCAAUUUUCUACAAAUGCGCCCUUUGUUUCAAGAUUGCCUUUACUUUUGCAAAACAAACAUGAACGAAAUUAUUCGUUUUUCUUCGAAUUUAACUUGCUUAAGCGAUCACAUUCUAAAGAAAUUAGCUGAUAAAUUAUCGAAUACUGAAGUUCAGUACCUAAAGGAUCGAAAAGAUAAGAUAAAAUCAAGACUCUUUGGUAAAUUAAUAAUGUCUUUGAAUGAAGAAGAACCAGAAAGGCACCGCGGACAUUAUGCAAGUUUAGCCUAUUUGUACUUUUGCCUAAAUUGUGGAAAAUUAGUGACCAGGGUCAGUGCACCUUAUGUGCCGUGCCAAGUGCAAUAUAUUACCAUAAAAUACAGCGGAGAUGUGAUCUUCAACCACUCAAGAGAUCUGAAGUGGAAUAUAAAUGAUCAUAUCAAGAAUAUUUGGACAGAAUAUAAAAACUGGAGCAAUACGUAUUGGCGAUUAUGGUCACAAUGUCAUUUUUUAUAUUGUUACAUGUGUCGAACGAUGUAUGCUGUAGCUUUUUCUGAUUGUUGUCCUUACCAUCCUCAGCAGCCUCAUUUUUAUCCAAUGGAACAGUUUCAAACAACCAAUUCUCCUGUUGGUCGAUAUCCCUGCUGUGGUUCAAAAGCCAUCAGAUAUGAAACAAUCAUGAUGAGAUCGGGUUGUAAAUUACGUAGCCAUAUUCCAAAAUUGCAAACAAGUGACGAUAAUUGCAUUCAAACCAUAAUUGAUUCUUUCCCAGAAUUAAUUAAAAUAAAAUGUACCGAAGAAAACAUUUCAUCAUUUCUAGAAAAUGAUUGUAUAGUUAAUUUCGAUGGAUUAUAUCGGAAUACUUUCAUUGAAAAGGAUUCAUUAUCGCUGCCGGAUCAAAAUCAAGGACUUUUGAAAGGGCCUUUAUUACAAACAUGUAUGAAAGCAGUUCAACAAUACAAAUCUGUUGGCGUCUGGGAACCAAAUACUGAUUACAACUUUAUGAAACCUGAAGAACAAAAUGAAACAUCCGAAUUUUAUAGCGUUGGUGAAAGUGAAAACUCAGACAUUUCAUUCGUUCACGAUACUUCCAUUUCGAAUAAGCAGAAUUUAGUAUGCAACGAAAGUUCUUCGACUAAAACUUGCAGGAGUGAAAUACGACCGGCAUGGACAGCUAGGUAUUCUAGCCGUCAUAACCAGGACAAUCAACGCGAUUACGAAGAAAUAUUUUUCCAAGCUAUGUCCGAUAUUCUACUUCAGCGACACGAACAAGAGAAACACGCCGCUCAAAAACCGAACGAAAGUAAAAAUUACUUAUCGGGUGGAAGUUAUAUGCAAAUUGAAUCAGAAUGGAAGGAAACAAUAAAAACUAAAACAUGUAAAAGUAAAAAUAAAUCUUCCUGAAUGUUUUUCUA